AUCAAAAGCGGGUCCAGAGAACGGAUACAUUUGGAAUAAUAAUGAAAAACAUACAAAAAUAGACAAUAACUCGCAAUCAUGGAGAUAGGUAGAAACAUCUGACUUUUUGUAGUUCGUAGGAGUUCCAUCUAUCACUGUUGAUAAAUAGUAUAGGCGUUGAUAGGAUAAGCACAGUUUGCAAAAGGUCGAGCUAUCUGGCUACUGUUAACGGUGGGUCGGUAACGACAAGUGCUUUUGUACACUCCUUUGUCCGCUAAUAUCGCUUCAUUUUGGAUUUUUAUGACGUUUGUUUAAAUAAGUUUAAACAUGAAUCCAACAAAGCCGACUUUUAUAAAGACAUACGGCAAGGGAAAGAGAAUGGUGCCCGCCUGGAUCGUACCAGAAAACCGUAAGAGGGCCUUCGACAGCACAAGCUCCACAGACGGGGGCAGCUUCGUCGCUGAACCCUCAAAACCUCCGAGGACCAGAGAGAACAUGACUAGUGUUGCUAAUGGUAGAGAGUGGCGCCCUGCUAAAAAAAUGGCUAAGAAAUGUCUGACUGAGAAGAGCUUUAAGGACGAGAAUAUCCCAUCUCCUUCCUUUCCUCGGCGUGCUCAGAAGAGCAAAACGACCAGUGCUAGAUUAAUCCAUUCUGCCAAGAGAAAAGCCAUAUUACGUCUGGUAAACAGCACUGAUGAAGACAAUAUCAGCACACCAUCUUCUUCGUGUCCUUUUCCUGCUCAACAGAUCAAGACAACCAGUGGUACUCUUCCUUCUACGAACCGCUUUGUAACCCGCCGCAGACGUGCUACUGCCGCCAAAGCCAAACCCCCUAAAGCAACUUCCCAUAAUAUACUUAACUCUUCAGAGGAGUUUACUCCUGGAGCUUCUGGUUGCAGUAGGAUUUUCCGGCCUGCAGCGAGGAGGGUCCCUCUGUCAUUUUUGUUGUCAUCUUCAGAGAACUCUGUGAAUGAUGCAGCACCUUUCAGCUUUGCCCCCAUCCCGUUUCAAGAGAUAUCCCUCAAUGAAUCAAUGGAGCACAUCCUCGCAGCCGGCCCCAGGAAACCCAUCUUCUGCUCUACACCCUCAGCAGGCUCCUACAUCAAACGGCCACGUCUUGAACCCUUGUCAGUCAAUGACCAACCUUCCAGCCCUCCAUCCAUUUCAGCUAGUUGUGUAGGUGUCUUUAGCAUAUUCCAAGAAGACUUGGCUUCACCAAUGCGGCCCAUCUCCCCACCAUGUUCUGCACCUACCGUUGGGCUUCAUUUGGAGGAGAAGCCAAAAUCAAGUCUAGUUGAACAAAAAUCAGACCUGCAUCACCAUGAAGAACUUUCUGGUGAUUUGCAUGUGAAAAGAAAACAAAUCAGCUCUAGUGAGGGAGCCAAAAAUCACAGUGAAGACAUUACAACAAAGGAUGUUUGGGAAUUACCAAGUCUGAAUCUGCUCUCUACAGUUGACAGCAAUCAAAUGAUAUCAGCAGCAGAAGAGUUAGAGUUUCUGAUCGAGGUUCUGAAGGAGAAAUGUUUGAAAGAGCGCUGCACCGUGAACUUGGAAAGAUUUGGCAACAGCACUAUUUCUCUGCUCUGCGGGCCAACAGGCUGCUCAUCAUCCUGUUUGGUGCAUACCAGCUUAGCCCACGUUCUGCUAACACGUGAAUAUCCAUCAUCCGUGAAUGGCUGUCAAACUGUGGACCCAUCACAGUCUUUAGAACCAUCACAUGAUAUCUAUUUAUCUGCAUCUUCAGGAACUGACUGUGUAAGCACUAUGGAUUCUCCAUCAGCUGAACAAUCAUCCAUACAGACAUCCAUGAAGAAGGUAGCGUCAGUGCUACACGCUGGGUCGACCCACGACAAAAACAGCAGUGUUGAGUUUAUCAUGGACAUGCAAUUCCCAGCCAAGCUUAUAAAGGAAGAAUGUGUUAAUAAGAAAUGCACAGUUUCACUCAGAAAGUCAGAUGCAAACAUGUCUGGAAAUGACAGAACAUGUGACAUUAGGGACCCAGGAGAUCUCACAUGUUCAGCAGAAAUCCCUGAGGGAGGGAUGGCGUCUGUAAGACAGUCAAUAAAAAACAGCGGCCCCGGAGAUCAGACACACUCUAUUGACAGAGAAAAAGAGGAAAAAGCAGCAAUUGUAAGAGUGUUGGAGGAGAGAGCUCUUAGCAACAAAGUCAUUGUCAAGAUAAAGAGGUUAACUUUAUCACAAUUAAAAGAAAGUCUGCAGUGCAAAGACCCAACACUCAAAUCACCCACAGUUGUGGCAUACUUGAACAGUGAUGACCAGACACAGAAUAAGCAGUCUGAAUGUGACCCUACACCCUGUAAUAAGGAUAUUUCUGCCUUGAAAGUCAAUGUAAAAAAGAGGGGAAAAAUUUGCUCAACUAGCUCUGAUGAGAUCACUUUAGACAAAAAAGAUGUAAAGAAUGUCCGAAAAGGAAAAAAGAUGUUUCUGGCUCAAAAAGAAAAGAAAAGGAGGCGCAUGUCCACGGCCAAACCUGGGACAACAAGGAAGGCAUGUGUCAGCGGUCUGAGUGUGAGUCGCUGGAAAAACAAGGGCGGCUCCAGCACACACAUGUUCGGUGGCAGUACUGCACAGGCGGCUGGUAACACAACGGUGGACUGCAGCAUCAACGAGCUGUGCUCCGCUCGACACAACAAACCAGGGGAGCCGUUUGGAAACAACAUGAAUUUCUCCCCAUCGAGAGGGAAACAGCUUAACCUCUCGUCUUUGUUGGCCGACCUAACACCCAACACACAAACCUGGAGCCGACUCAAAGCUGCGCUCUCUGUUCAUCGCAAGGGCAUGGUGAUACAUACUCCGGGCAGUAUACACCUUUCGGUGUCACCUUUGAGAGCUGUCGAUCUUAGCCAGGACCUCUAUGCUACUCCCCGUCGAAAAUCGCUUCUGAGGCAUGUUUCACAGCUGCAGAGCUGCGAUUCUUCGGCUGUGUGUGAGGAUGCUGAUCUGUCAGAUGCAGAGAAGGUGUAUGCCGAGUGUUGCCAGCCCCGGCCUCUGCCCUGGGAGGAGUGUAUACUCCCUCAACGUAUGAUACAGUGUGUGAAAAUAGGAGAGGGGACCUUCGGGGAGGUCUUCUCCACCACCAACUCCUCAGGGGACACAGUUGCACUCAAAAUCAUUCCAGUAGAGGGCAGUGAGAAGGUAAAUGGAGAGGACCAGAAGACAUUCGGUGAGAUUCUCCAUGAAAUUAUUAUCUCAAAGGAUCUGAGCAGCCUAAAAGACAAGCAGCAGAACAAAACUCAUGGAUUUAUCGUACUCAACGAUGUCCACUGCGUUCAAGGUUGCUACCCUCCAGAGGUCCUGAAUGCUUGGGACACCUUCGACAAAAAUAAAGGCUCUGAGAACGACAGACCAGAUUUCUUUGUAAAGGAUCAGUUAUUCAUCAUCCUUGAGUUUGAGUUUGGAGGCUCGGACCUAGAGAAGAGCAAUGGAACGCUGUCCUCUUUGUCAGUGGCAAAGAGCAUCCUUCAUCAAGUGACGGCUGCCUUGGCUGUUGCUGAGCAGGAGCUACACUUUGAACACAGGGAUCUCCACUGGGGCAACGUGCUGGUCAAAAGAACCAAGGAGAAGAGAGGGAGCUUCCUGCUAAAUGGAGCAGCCCACUCUCUGGAAACUAAAGGGGUGGUGGUCCGCAUCAUUGACUACUCUCUCUCCAGACUAGAAAUCGAUGGUCUGACAGUCUCCUGCGACAUCUCGAAGGAUGAGUCGCUCUUCAUGGGCCAGGGAGAUUACCAGUUUGACAUCUACAGACUAAUGAGACAGCAGAAUGGAAACAACUGGAGUAACUACCACCCUCAUUCCAACGUGCUGUGGCUGCACUACCUGUGCUCCAAGCUGCUUUCCAUGAAGUACCGGUGCCUGGGAGGGAGGUGGGUCAAAGACAUGCGAAAGCAGCUCACUUGUUUCUAUGACAACGUCCUCCAGUACAGCUCUGCCACGGAGGUGCUGCAAACCUGCCCCAUGUUUCAGUAGCACGUGAGAGCUGAACACAGGAUUUUUUUUUUUUAAGGAUGAGGAAGGUAUCCGUUCCAAAUAAACAUUCCUGUAGUUUCUUUGAUAAAUGGAAAGUUAAGAUGGUUGUUUAUAUUCUUGUAGCACAACCUGAUGUAAAGUGUUUCAGAACUGUGAUUUUACUAAGGUUAUUAAAGCAACCGUUUGAAAAGCUUU